ACUUCCCCCCUCCCCAAUACUAUAUAUAUAAAGCAAGCAAGAGGUGGCAGGGUAACCAAAAUCAGUUAUGGGGUUUCAGAUGGGUCAUACAAUCUUCUUGUACUGUCUCCUAGUUAUAAUAGCUGACUCAACAACAACAACAACUGGUAGUGAAGAAGCUUCAACUCAUAGCUAUGGCAGUGACUCACUCAACCGCACCAGUUUUCCACCUGGUUUCACCUUUGGGACAGCCUCUUCUGCAUACCAGUACGAAGGUGGAGCAAAUAAAGGUGGCAGAGGUCCCAGUAUAUGGGAUACAUUCACACACAAAUAUCCAGGUAAAAUAACAGACGGGAGCAAUGGAGAUGUAGCCACUGAUUCUUAUCACCGUUAUAAGGAAGAUGUUGCGAUCAUGAAAGAAAUGGGUUUAGAUGCUUAUAGAUUCUCAAUCUCAUGGUCUAGAGUAUUACCAAGUGGAAAGCUAAGUGGUGGUGUGAACAAGGAAGGAAUCAAAUACUACAACAACCUUAUUGAUGAGCUCUUGGAAAAAGGUAUAAAGCCAUUUGUCACCCUAUUCCAUUGGGAUACUCCCCAAGCACUGGAAGAUGAGUAUGGUGGUUUCUUAAGUCAAAAGAUUGUGGAUGACUAUCAAAGUUUUGCAGAACUUUGCUUUAAAGAAUUUGGUGAUAAGGUGAAGCAUUGGAUAACCUUAAAUGAGCCAUGGACAUACAGCUUAGGUGGGUAUACAGUAGGUCAAUUGGCACCAGGGCGAUGCUCUUCAUGGCUACAAUUAAAUUGCACUGGCGGAGAUUCAAGCACUGAGCCAUAUAUUGUUUCACACCACCAACUUCUUGCUCAUGCAGCUGCAGUAAAUUUGUACAAGCAGAAGUAUCAGGCAUCUCAAAAGGGCAAGAUUGGAAUUACACUUAUUACACAGUGGAUGGUACCUUUCUCGAAAGCAAGGCACAACCAUAACGCUGCAUUAAGGGCCAUGGAUUUCACGCUUGGGUGGUUUAUGGAGCCACUAGCAACUGGUGACUAUCCACGUACAAUGCGAACUCUUGUGGCAAAACGGCUCCCUAAGUUCUCAAAAGAACAAUCCAAGAUGUUGAAAGGAUCAUUUGAUUUUAUUGGAUUAAACUACUACACUGCUAAUUAUGCAGCAUACGCACCAAACUCCAAUAGUGUAUUUGUCAGCUAUUUGACAGAUUCAUGGGUUAACCUUACAACUGAGCGAAAUGGUGUUCCAAUUGGUGCAAAGGCUGCUUCAAGUUGGCUCUUUGUUUAUCCAAGAGGCAUUUACGAUGUUCUACUCUACACGAAGAAAAAAUAUAACAAUCCUCUUAUUUACAUCACUGAGAAUGGGAUUGAUGAAGUGAAUAAUGCCACACUAUCGCUUGAAGAAGCCCUUGUCGACAACAUGAGGAUACAUUACUAUUACCACCAUGUUUCUUUCCUUCUACAAGCAAUUAAGGAUGGCGCUAAUGUGAAAGGAUAUUUUGCAUGGUCACUAUUGGACAAUUUCGAAUGGGACUCAGGUUACACAGUUCGUUUUGGCAUAAACUAUGUAGAUUUCAAAAAUGGUUUGAAAAGAUAUCCUAAACUUUCAGCCAAAUGGUUUAAGAAUUUCCUCAAAAAAAGAGAUAUGUAACGUUCUAAGCAAUCAAAGUCGAGAUGUAAUAAUGACCAAAUUUUCAAUUUGGGUUGUUUAUUUUUGGUGACAAGUCGUCAUGACUCAUUGGUGCUGGACUCUUUAGCUGAAUUCUGAAAAUGGAACUGUAAUGAUCGGUUUGUUUCAAUU